AUGCUGGCGGGCGGCAAGAAGGGCGCGGAGGCGGCGGCGGGCGGCGAGGCCGGGCCGGAGGCGCCGGUGCCCCCGCCCGCCGCCGCCGGGGCCCUGGGCUCCUCUUCGGAUAGCGGCGGGGCUUCGGAGCGCACGCCCCGCAAGAAGGAACCGCCGCGGGCCUCGCCUCCCGGCGGUGUGUCCGAGCCUUCGGCCGUCGGGGCCACCCCUGCGCCCGGCGCCGAAACCACCGGCAUCGCCGAGACCCCCGAGGGCCGCAGGACCAGCCGCCGCAAGCGAGCCAAAGUCGAGUACAGAGAGAUGGAUGAGAGUCUUGCAAACCUGUCAGAAGAUGAGUAUUACUCUGAAGAAGAGAGAAAUGCUAAAGCUGAGAAAGAGAAAAAACUGCCCCCACCACCUCCACCAGCUCCUGCAGAAGAGGAGAAUGAAAGUGAGCCAGAGGAACCAUCUGGGCAAGCAGGAGGACUUCAAGACGACAGUUCUGGAGGGUAUGGAGACGGCCAAGCAUCAGGUGUGGAGGGUGCAGCUUUCCAGAGCAGACUUCCACAUGACCGUAUGACGUCUCAAGAAGCUGCCUGCUUCCCUGAUAUAAUCAGUGGGCCACAGCAGACUCAGAAGGUGUUUCUGUACAUCAGGAACCGCACUCUGCAGCUCUGGUUGGAUAACCCAAAGAUUCAGCUGACAUUUGAAGCAACCAUCCAACAAUUAGAAGCACCUUAUAAUAGUGACACGGUGCUGGUUCACAGGGUUCACAGCUACCUGGAGCGCCAUGGGCUGAUUAACUUCGGCAUCUACAAAAGAGUGAAGCCCCUUCCAACCAAGAAGACAGGAAAGGUGAUCAUUAUUGGUUCUGGAGUCUCUGGCUUGGCAGCAGCUCGCCAGUUGCAGAGUUUUGGAAUGGAUGUCACGGUUCUGGAAGCCAGAGACCGAGUGGGAGGAAGAGUCGCUACCUUUCGCAAAGGGAAUUACGUGGCUGAUCUGGGAGCAAUGGUGGUAACAGGACUCGGAGGAAAUCCCAUGGCUGUGGUCAGCAAGCAAGUAAAUAUGGAAUUGGCAAAGAUCAAACAAAAAUGUCCACUUUAUGAAGCAAAUGGACAAGCUGUUCCCAAAGAGAAAGAUGAAAUGGUGGAACAAGAAUUUAAUCGUCUGCUGGAAGCCACGUCCUAUCUCAGCCAUCAGCUGGAUUUUAAUGUGCUCAAUAACAAACCUGUCUCCCUAGGUCAGGCUCUGGAGGUUGUCAUACAAUUGCAAGAGAAGCAUGUGAAGGAUGAGCAGAUUGAGCACUGGAAAAAAAUUGUGAAAACACAGGAGGAAUUGAAAGAUCUUCUCAACAAGAUGGUGAAUUUAAAGGAGAAGAUUAAAGAACUUCAUCAGCAGUACAAGGAAGCAUCAGAAGUGAAGCCACCUCGGGAUAUUACAGCAGAGUUCCUUGUGAAAAGCAAGCACAGAGAUUUGACUGCACUUUGCAAGGAGUAUGAUGAAUUGGCAGAAACACAAGGAAAGCUGGAAGAGAAAUUACAAGAACUUGAAGCCAAUCCACCAAGUGAUGUUUAUUUGUCAUCAAGAGACAGGCAAAUACUUGACUGGCAUUUUGCAAACCUAGAAUUUGCUAAUGCUACACCCCUUUCUACACUUUCCCUGAAGCACUGGGACCAGGAUGAUGACUUUGAAUUCACAGGCAGCCACUUGACAGUGAGGAAUGGAUAUUCCUGUGUGCCAGUAGCCUUGGCAGAAGGGUUGGACAUUAAAUUAAACACGGCAGUUCGACAGGUUCGCUACACAGCAUCAGGCUGUGAGGUGAUAGCUGUGAACACCCGGUCGACCAGCCAGACCUUCAUUUACAAGUGCGAUGCUGUGCUGUGCACUCUGCCCCUGGGAGUGCUCAAGCAGCAGCCUCCAGCUGUUCAGUUCGUGCCCCCUCUCCCCGAGUGGAAAACCUCAGCGGUGCAGAGGAUGGGAUUUGGCAACCUGAACAAGGUUGUCUUGUGUUUUGAUCGUGUCUUCUGGGAUCCAAGUGUCAAUUUGUUUGGCCACGUUGGGAGCACUACUGCAAGCAGAGGAGAGCUUUUCCUCUUCUGGAACCUCUACAAAGCACCGAUUUUGUUGGCCCUGGUAGCAGGAGAAGCAGCAGGGAUCAUGGAGAACAUCAGUGAUGAUGUCAUUGUGGGUCGGUGCCUUGCCAUUCUCAAAGGCAUCUUUGGCAGCAGCGCCGUGCCCCAGCCUAAAGAGACUGUGGUGUCUCGCUGGCGUGCUGACCCCUGGGCCCGGGGAUCGUACUCCUACGUAGCUGCUGGAUCCUCUGGAAACGACUACGAUUUGAUGGCUCAGCCGAUUACUCCAGGGCCAGCCAUUCCAGGUGCUCCACAGCCCAUCCCUCGGCUGUUCUUCGCGGGCGAGCACACCAUCCGCAACUACCCCGCCACGGUGCACGGCGCGCUGCUGAGCGGCCUGCGCGAGGCCGGCCGCAUCGCCGACCAGUUCCUGGGGGCCAUGUACACGCUGCCGCGGCAGCCCCCGCCCGCCGCGCCGCCCCAGCAGCCCGCCGGCAUGUGA